CGCGGCCCUCUGACAUCCUGGAAGAGGCUCUAUCCAACUGCAGGUCAAGUUUGUGCCAAGAUGUCCAGUCAGCAGAACCAGCAACAAUGCCAGCCCCCUCCCAAGUGCCCCAGCCCCAAGUGCCCCAGCCCCAAGUGCCCCCCCAAGAGCCCAGCACAGUGCUUGCCUCCAGCCCCCUCUGGCUGUGGCCCCAGCUCCAGCGGUGGCUGCUGCCUGAGCCACCACAGGCACCACAGGUCCCACAGAUGCCGGCGCCAGAGCUCUGAGUCCUGUGACAGUGGCAGUGGUCAGCAGUCUGGGGGCUCCGGCUGUGGCCACCACGGCUCUGGGGGCUGCUGCUGACCUGGAUUCUGAUGCUGAGACAAGCAACUUUAGAGGAAACAAGAAGCCAAAGGACCAAGGAAAAGCCCAGCGGGAGGCAUUCUUUCGGGGACACCCCCUUCUCACCUCCCAGGCUGAGCUGGGAUGUUCCCGGGGGUGGUUCUCAGCUCUGUCCAGAUGGUCUCCCAGCCUGAUGCCUGGA